AUCAUGGGUCGUGCAGAGCGUCAGUCCGGCUGCAGGCGGCAGCUCCCUCCCCUCCGUCCCGCCCUCUUGUCCCUUUAAGCGCAGGGCGGCCAGCAGAUCUCCGAUCCUCCUCCUCGGAGCGGAUUACGGCCGCAGCUCUGCGUCUCCUCCGCUCCAUCAGCAGCUGAUCCGGGGGAACAAAGGCAGCCAGAACCGCCCAGCGCCAUGGACUUCAACGUGAAGAAGCUGGCCUCCGAUGCGGGGGUGUUCUUCACCCGGGCCGUGCAGUUCACAGAGGAGAAACUGGGCCAGGCUGAGAAGACCGAACUGGACCCUCACCUGGAGAACCUGCUGGCCAAAGCCGACUCCACCAAGAACUGGACCGAGAAGAUCCUGAGACAGACGGAGGUUCUGCUGCAGCCCAACCCAAUUGAUCACACAGGCGCUCGGAUCGAGGAGUUCAUCUACGACAAGCUGGACCGGAAGCUCCCGUCCAGAACCACCAACGCCGAACUGCUGGGCCAGUUCAUGCUGGACGCCGCCAAGGAGUUCGGAGCCGACACUCCGUACGGUACCACCCUCAUCACGGUGGGAGAGUACCAGAGGAAGCUGGGCGGAGCCGAGCGGGAGUUCCUCCACACGGCCGCCGUCACCUUCCUGUCGCCUCUGCGUAACUUCCUGGAGGGAGACUGGAGGACCAUCUCUAAGGAGCGGCGGCUCCUGGAGAACCGGCGUUUGGACCUGGACAUCUGCAAAGCCCGUCUGAAGAAAGCCAAGCAGGCCGAAGCCAAGGCAGCGGCGACUCCAGACUUCCAGGAGACGCGGCCGAGGAACUACGUCCUGUCGGCCAGCGCGUCGGCGCUGCUGAGCGAGGAAGUGGACAAGGCGGAGCUGGAGCUGCGUGUGGCCCAGACGGAGUUCGACCGGCAGGCGGAGGUGACCCGGCUGCUGCUGGAGGGGAUCAGCAGCACACAUCUGAACCACCUCAGGUGUCUGCAGGACUUUGCGGAGGCUCAGGCCACGUACUUCGCUCAGUGUCAUCACUACAUGCAGGACCUGCAGAGGGAGCUGAACAGAUGUGCGAACUCAGCCGUUGGCCCCCCGCCGCCGCCCGGCGCCGGACCCGAUCCGGUUCCGACCGCCUUCCCGUCCGGCCGCCUGUCUCCCGGCGCCUCGGGCUCCAGGAAGGCCAAGGUUCUGUACGACUACGACGCUCACGACGCCAGCGAACUGUCCCUGCUGGCCGACGAGGUCAUCACUGUCUACACGGUACCAGGAAUGGAUCCUGAUUGGCUGGUUGGAGAGCGGGGCAACGAGAAAGGCAAAGUACCUGUGACCUACCUGGAGCUGCUAAGCUAAUGGACCGUUAGCAUUCUGUCUGAUGAAACAUGUGAACCCUGUUGUAGACUCAGUUCAGUUCAGAUUUAGUUCUCAUUUUCAGUUCAGAUUCAGUUCAGAUUCAGUUCAGAUUCAGUUCAGAUUCAGUUGGGCUCAAAUUUGGCUCAGAUUUAUUUAAUAUUUGGUUCAGUUUCAGUUCAGGGAUUUUAUCUGACACCUUUCCUUGGAGAAAAACCAGAAAUGUUUUAGCGAUGCUCUCAGAUGAAACCAGGAAAGUUUCCUGGAAUCUGAUCUGGUUCAUUAAAUCACACCAACGUGUAUUUGGGCCCCAUAUGGAUUCUUCUCAGGUCUGAUGGGUUCGAAGUGGAUCCACAAAGCUAGCAAGUCUUUAUGGUUUUGUGGAUUGUAAUGGAUCGAGUCUAAUUUGGUGAAGGUUUGAGCUUCUUAUCUGAAUGAAAUGCAGCUGGUGAUUGGUUCAGAAGACAGAAACAUGAAGAAUCACAAGCUAAACUAGGGAGCUAAUGCUAAAGAUGCUAGUAUUGCGCUUAUUUAUAUUUCUGUUUUGUAUCAGUUUUUUUCACUGAAUUAAUUAUUGUAGCAUAUUUGUGUUUGCACAACAUGUCAACAGAGACCAAGCUAGCUGCUAGCAGCUUUAGCAGUAGCAGCUAGCUUAGCUUGCGGGUUAAAGAGUGUUUUCUUCUGUUUCAAUUAAAAAACAAAAACCCAUAGAAAACAUACUUUACAUAAAUUAAUUUAGUGGCUUGUUGAUCACAAACUGUUGCCAUUCGUUGGUGAUAAACUAUUUUCAUCAUGGCGGCUCAGAGGAACGAUCCGGUUAGCCGCUUAGCUAGGAGGCUAACAGCACCACAGCUUCUUCCCUCCAAACAAAACUAAUCAGGAUAAAAAUAUUUCCAUUUUCCUUUUCAGUUUUGAUUAUUUUAUACCAAAAACUCAAAUAUUUUCUACCAGUUUCUACAGUCACAAAAAGUUUCUUCAGUUUUGGUCCUUAUUUAAUUAAUAAGUAAUAAUUACAUUAGUUUUAUUUAAAGCCAGAUUACUUUAGAUCCUUAAUGUAUUACACUUUAAGAAAACUAAUGAAAAUCUCCACUGAUUUAAUUUCUUUAAGGAUAUAAAAUCAUUUUUAUGUAUUUAGAAUCAGUUCAUUUAUCAGGAAAAAUGUUAUUUUAAAAAAGGGGAAAUCUAAAUAAUGGCUGUUUAGUCACAAAUCAGAGCUAAAAAACGACUUCAGAGGAAAACACUGUGAUUUGACUAGGACCCGUUAUCUGUCAGAUCUUAUUAGUCGCUGAUUCAGAGUUCAGACCAAAUUUAAUAUAUAACACAACGAUUUCAUUCAUACUAGUAAAUUUCAUGCAGUUUAAUGAAAUUAUAUGCUGAUUUGAAGAUUUAUUUACAGUUUAUCUGUAAUUCAUGAAAAUCCUCCCAGUAAAAGAUUUAAACACACGAGUACAAAACGCAGAAUCAGGGAAAUGAAAGCAGAGAAACACAGAGUGGGAUCUAAAUACAGCCACUUUUAAAACUAAUAAAGAUUUAUUUAUUAACUUUCUGUUCCUCAGCAGCUGUUUGCUGUGAACUGACAGGAAGUGAUGUCACGCUCCCCUGACUCAGAGGAUCAGAUUUAUUUAGAGCGGCGGUGUCGGAUGCAUCUUCCUGUCAUUUCAUAGUUUUUAUUUGAUCCCUGAUGCUCUGCAGUGCUGCUGAGGUUUAGAACAACAUAUCAGAAAUAUGCAGCUGUAUUCACAGUAAUAAUAAAAUGCAACUGUAAAAAACUCAAACUUUUAAAAGUUUGUUUUUAUGUGAAGCUGAAAUAUGAGGCAGAGGAACAGAGCCAGGAAUCGGCUCCGACCUCGUUUUUCCAUAAACGAGUUUCAUUUUCUGUCGGUGAAACAUUUUUAUUUGUCGCUGCGGUUUCUGGGGUCAGAUUCAGUCUCACAAACAUUCACAAACAUUCAGCUUUUAUCUGCAAACUUAACGUAAAAUUAUUUAACAUUUUGUACAAAUGUUGCAUUAAGUACAUUUCAUGAUACUUUGUUUUUCACUAAUCAGUGAAUCCCAGCUGUGAGACGUUAAACUGAAGUGAUUUUGUGAUCAGUGGAAAUAUUCUGCAGAUGGAGAAACUUGGUGAGACUUUCGUUAAGAGAAAACAGGAAGCAGCUUCGGCCCAAAACCUAGAAAACAGAACCACAAGCAGGAAGUGGCUUUAGUUUCGGCGGUGAAUGCAGACUCAGCGUCGCUUUCGUCAGACUCGAUCCUCAACAUGUCUCGGCAACGUCUGUUUGCUCCCUCUGGUCCCAGAGGCCCGGUUUGUUUGGACAGACGGAUCCAGAAUAAAGUUCUGUCUGCUGAGCAUCAGGAUGAUGCAGCGACCGGCCAGCAGGGGUCGACCUUCAGCUGUCAUUUGGCCCAUUAGCUUCAUGCUAAACAUAGCAACGUUCCAGCUGCUGCUGCGUCUCAGUUUGCUCCUGGUUAACUCUCCAACAUCCAGGUCUCUCUAGUUCGAUGGGGACCACCAUGUUUCUACCAGUCGCCUCAUUGGCCCCAAAUCCAGGAACUUUGGCCAUCCAGUGAUUUUCCUAAAGGUUUCUGUUAUCCACCUCGUUCUGGUAAUAAGGAGCUGACUGACUUUAAUCCUGUUUUCUGCUGGUUCUGGUGCAACAGGAUCAGCAGGAUCUAAGAUCCAGAUCUGCUUCAGUCAGACGCCUUCAACUCCACAGGUAAAUGUAGAUCGUCUGAUUCCCUGAACGUCUCUUUAGCCGUGAGCAGCGUCACUAUGUCUCUGUUGGGUGGGCUGACCCUGACCCCGACCCCAACCCCGACCCGGACCCGGACCCCAACCCUGACCCAGACCCUGACCCUGACUCCGACCCAGACCCCGACCCAGACCCUGACCCUGACUCCGACCCUGACCCCGACCCAGAUCCCGACCCAGAUCCAGACUCCGACCCAGACUCCGACCCCAACCCAGACCCCCCAUCCCACUUUAGUCCUUUCACAAACCAGAGCUGGACGAAUACGUUACCGUUUGGGAUGGGGAGGUGGCGAGAAGCUAAACGGGCGUCUUAGAGCUGAACAGGCAGGUGAGCAGAGGCCAGGUGAGCAGAGGCCAGGUGAGCAGCGGCUCACACAGAUCCUGAUCCUUCUGCAGGUGUAACUAGAGACUCUCUGUAGUUAAAAUCCAGCCGAUUAUAAUGAGAAUAAAGGUUAAAGGUUGCUGGUGAACCGUUGGCAGGAUAAAGUUUAAAGUAUUUUACAUGACUCAGUUGUUAUAAACAUGCUGCAUAUCAAAUAUGACUGAAAACAUUAAACUAUAAUUCAGCAUCUUGAAAUUUGGUCUCUGUGUCUUUAAGAAGCUGCUGCUCUUUCUGAAGCUCCGCCUCCAGGAAGUCAUCCCAACAUGGCUGCUCUAUUAACCCUUUAACGUUUUUACAAGCGCUGCUCUGAGAACCUGAUGCAGUUCCAGCUGCUGGCUGCUAAUUGAUGCUGGCUAGUCUGAAGGAGCUGUGGGGGAGGAGCUGCGCCUCGGAGGCGGGGCUAGGUUCACCCAGGUGUUUAACAGCUGAAUGGAGAUGAAAGGAUUUCUGAAACAAACUAAUCAAAGCGACGCUGCAGGUCAUAACAAGAUGUAAAGAUAAAACUGUGGCUUUGACGCGACACCGGCCCUUUAAAUGUUCCCCGCUCAGCGUCCAAGCAGUGAUGUCACAUAAAGUCUGAGUCAUCUUCAGCUCCUCUUCAGUUUGUUACACAAACGAAUCGGUGAUGAAAUCCUGUCAUUGUGUUUCCUCACCGCGUUCAGUCGUCCCUGAAGCAGGUCAAAGGUCACAGCGGCUGACUCGGCCUCAGAGUUCUGCUUCCUCCUGAACGGCCGGAAAUGAAAUCCUGACUCAUAUCCCAGGAAUCCUGAGGGAACUCCAGACGGGACAGAACCGGAUCCGAACAGAACCGGGUGGAGAGAAACCAGGAACCUGGUUUAAAUCAAAGCCACAGAAAUCCUGAGAUUAAACUGGUUUUACUGGAUUAACCAGAUUAAAUGACACCAGGACAGACUCGCAUCUUCAUUCUGAUAGUUUGGAUGUUUAUGAGAUUAGAGUCUAAUAUCAGACAAUAAAAUACUUUUUUCUGUAAUAUAAACUUUAUUUUAUCUCAGGUGAAAAAACAUCUGAUCAGAUAAAUUUGGCAUAAAAAUUAAUAAACCAAUAAAUGAAAAUGAGUUUGAUCAUUUCCAUUAUGAUUAAAACUUUCUAAGGGAAAUUCUGUUUACAGAAACGUCAUAAUCCAUUUUAUUUAUGGUUUUAUUUUCAAUAUUUAAAAUAUCUUCUGGUGGAAGUUUUCUUUACAAAAUUAGUUUAUGAAAUUGUAUAAUAAAUGAUCCAUUAUCAAAAUAUUACAAGGAAAUGGUUUCCAAAUGAAAAUAUUGUUUGUUGCAAUUAUUUAAUUUGUCGUCCACUCUCACUCUGCUUUUUAAACACGAAACGUCAAAAUGUAAGAAGCCAAUGCUGCAUUCCAGGAUAUUAAUGGAAAAAUUUAGUGGAAGGAAAACCUUUGGUAGAGUAACAUGCAGAAGGAUAACUGAAGCUGAGCCAGAAAUCACAGCAACUAACAGCAGAGCCACAGGAAACAGCCACGGCUUCUGUCGCUUUGUGGCGGUGACCGUUUCCAUGACAACGGUGUGGGGCGGGGUGUCACAUGAUCAAAUGGUUUCUGGAUUAAAUCUCUGAGAUUCUCUGAUUUAGGAAACUGAAUUCUGAGGGAAACUGUUGAUGUGUUUUCAGCAUAAUCAGAGCGCGGGCUUUGACUGGACCACGCGCAGUGUGUGUGUGUAAAUAAAGUGUCGUUUUGUUGCUUCAGUGUUUUAACUCUUUGGUUAAAUGUGAUUUUUUUUGGCGUCUCAUUUCUCCAGUAUCGAUGUUCAAUAAACAGCAUGUGUGUCACAGA